CAAAGCUCUUUCUCAUUUCAUCGAGUUGCAAUUAAAAGACAUUGAACUUGAUUUAUACACAUUCAACAUCGCAAUUAACUGCUACUGUUGCGUGAAUCAAGUUGGCUUUGGGUUAUCGCUUUUAGGAGGUAUCUUCAAAAGCGGUUAUUCGCCUAAUAGAGUUACCUUCACCACUCUGUUAAAUGGACUUAUCGCACAAGAUAAAGCUGAUGAGGCUCUUUCUCUUUUUUACAAGUUGCAGUUACAAGACAUUGAGCUAGAUUUGUACACCUUAAGCAUUGCAAUUAACUGCUAUUGUCGCGUGAAUAUGGUUGGCUUUGGGUUAUCGCUUUUAGGCGGUAUCUUCAAACGCGGUUAUACGCCUGAUGUAGUUACCAUCACAACUCUGUUAAAUGGACUUAUUGCACUAGAUAAAAUUGUUGAGGCUCUUUCUCUUUUCAACAAGUUGCUGUUACAAGACAUUGAACUAAAUUUGUAUACCUUCGGCACUGCAAUUAAAUGCUAUUGUCGCAUGGAUAUGGUUGGCUUUGGGUUAUCGCUUUUAGGCAGUAUCUUCAAACGCAAUUAUACGCCUGAUGUAGUUACCUUCACCACUCUGUUAAAUGGACUUAUUGCAGAAGAUAAAAUUGUUGAGGCUCUUUCUCUUUUCAACAAGUUGCUGUUACAAGACAUUGAGUUAAAUUUGUAUACCUUCGGCAUUGCAAUUAACUGCUAUUGUCGCGUGAAUAUGGUUGGCUUUGGGUUAUCGCUUUUAGGCGGUAUCUUCAAACACGGUUAUACGCCUGAUGUAGUUACCUUCAACACUCUGCUAAAUGGACUUAUCGCACAAGAUAAAGCUGAUGAGGCUCUUUCUUUUUUCAACAAGAUACAGUUACGAGACAUUGAUCUAGAUUUGCACACCUUUAGCAUUGCAAUUAACUGCUACUCUUGCGUGAAUCGAGUUGGCUUUGGGUUCUCUCUUUUAGGCAGCAUUUUCAAACACGGAUAUACACCUAAUGUAGUUAUCUUCAACAACCUGUUAAACGGACUUCUUACACAAGAUAAAGCUGAUGAUGCUCUUUCUCUUUUCAAUAAGUUGCAAUUGCAAGACAUUGAGCAAAAUUUGUACACCUUCAACAUUGCAAUUAAAUGCUACUGUCACGUGAAUCGAGUUGGCUUUGGGUUCUCUCUUUUAGGCAGCAUCUUCAAAUGCGGUUAUAUGCCUGAUGUAUUUACCUUCACCGCUCUGUUAAAUGGACUUAUUGCACAAGAUAAAGCUGCUGAGGCUCUUUCUCUUUUUGACAAGUUGCAGUUACAAGACAUUGAGCUAGAUUUGUACACCUUAAGCAUUGCAAUUAACUGCUACUGUUGCGUGAAUCGAGUUGCCUUUGGGUUAUCGCUUUUAGGCGGUAUCUUCAAACGUGGUUAUACGCCUGAUGUAGUUACCUUCACCACUCUGUUAAAUGGACUUUUUGCACAAGAUAAAGCUGAUGAGGCUCUUUCUCUUUUCAACAAGUUGUUGUUACAAGACAUUGUGCCAACUUUGUAUACCUUCAGCAUUGCUAUUAAUUGCUACUGUCAUGUGAAUCGGGUUGGCUUUGGGUUCUCUCUUUUAGGCAGUAUCUUCAAACACGGUUAUACGCCUGAUGUAGUUACCUUCAACACUCUGUUAGAUGGACUUAUUGGACAAGAUAAGCUGAUGAGGCCGUGGAGUUAUUUGAGAAAGUAGUCAAAAAGGGUGAAAUCAAACCCGAUAAGACGAUGUAUGGAUCGUUAAUAAAUAGGCUUUGCAAAAUGAAAAACAUGGGAGUGGCUAUUAGUUUUCUGAGGAUAGCGGAAGGAGGUUUAAAACAUGGCACCAUGACAUAGGCCAUGAUCAUUGACCGUCUUUGCAAGGAUGGGUUGGCGAAUGACGCUCUCAACUUCUUAGUAGAAAUGAAUAACAAAGAUAUUCGUGCAAAUAAUGUCACUUGAAGUCAUGGAAGAAAGAGGUGUGGGUCCUCAUGCAGUCACAUACACUAGGCUCAUGGAGGGAUAUUGUUACAAGGCCGGAUGGACGAAGCAAUGAGAUUGUUAAAGGCCAUGGUGGAUAGGGGCAUUCAUCCAGACACAUGUUGCUAUAACAUUUGGAUCAUUGGAUAUUGCAAGAACAUGAAAUUUGGCGAGGCCCUGCAUCUCCUUCAAGAAAUGCGUCUACUGGGUCUAAAAUGUGACAUCAUCACUUUUAGAACUAUAUGGCUAGGUCUGGUUCAGAUAGAUAGAUAUGCUCUUGCCCAAGAAAUUCUUAAUGAGAUGCAACCUGCCGACCUACAUUGCGAUACUAAAACUUGUGGUCUCUUGUUCGACGGCCUUUGCCAAAGUGGGCUUAUUGAUGAAGCAAUAUUCUUAUUUCACAUGAUGGAAAAAAGGGUUUAGGUCUCGAUAUUGUUAAGUACAAUGUCCUUGUUGAUGCAUACUGCAAAAAGAAAACACUUGAUAUGAUUCAAGGUCUUUUGAGGAACCUGCGGUUUAGGAAGUUGUUGCCUGCAGAAUGAUGUCUCUUACACAAUAUCAUUCUGGGAUUUCAUCGAGGUUUGAAGUCAUUCGCGGCCAAGGGGCAUCAACAGGGAUAUCCAUAUUCCAAAUAGUAUGGCAUUCAAUUCUUAUAUUCUUACCAUUAUCACAUGUUGGAGAUUCUUAUGGACUCUUGUCUUUAUCCCUUGGGAUAAUUAUUUGAUCUCCUUUCACCCAUUUGGAAACCAAAGAUUUUACUGGGGCAUCAAAGGUGCUAACUGUCAUAAGUAGCAACUUACGGGUUUAAUAAUGCUAGCUAUAUUGAUUCUGUCACGUUUAAUCAUGUUGUUUCGUCAUGUUUUGCUGCAGUGACGUUAGUCAUGUUUUCCUUUAGUUUGUUUCAAUCAUUUCUAAAGUCUGAAGUUACCCAGUUAAAUUUUUUAUUCAUCACCAUGGUGUCCAGCGACCUCCAUGAUAGUCCUUUGUGCUGACACUGCAAAAAUUCCUAAUGAAUUUACGACUGUUCUUUUUGCUUUUAAUUUUGAUGAACUAUGGUAUUUCCAUGUCAUUCUAUGCUGUACUGUUUAUGCAUGCUACUCUGUAUUACCGAGAUGGAAAGGGAAGGAUCAGGUAGAGCAGUUAGUUUCUAGCUUUAGGAACUUAAGUCUGCACAAUUAUAUCGCUCAGUGAGUUUGAAGCAUUCGAACUUAAAGUCUGCACAAUUAUAUUGCUUUUAGAGGAAAUCUGGUUUCAUUUGUAUGUCCUUAAUCCAGGCUAGAGUAUUAUGCAGUAUCUAUGGAGAAUAGACACCUUGCCAGAGGUCAGCUACCAGUGUUGGAAGCUUCUCACACACCAGCACUCCCUGGACACUCUCCGGACAACUGUUCCACGUUCAAAGUGGCAGGGGGAGUUCAAAUGGAAGGGGGAGGUCAAGUGGAAGGGGAAUGUCAAGUGGCAUAGGACGGUCAAGUGGAAGAGGAAGGUCAAAUGGAAGGGGAGUUCAAGUGGAAGGGAAAUAUGUCAAGUGGCAUAGGCUUGAUGUAUGUUGCAUUCCACUGAUCUUUGUUGUUUGUGUACAUUUUAAGAACCUGUCUCAUAUAGCACAGAGUUCCAGACUUGGGUUACCCUUACUAAAAUACAGUUUCGCACGAUAUGGUACCUUACGGUUUAUAAAACGGGGAAAUUUAACUCAAUUAAAGACUAAUGUAAAUCUUAACAACUUAUGUACAUUGAUCGUAGAUGAUUGGUUCAGUUGAAAACUUGAAGCCAUCUACUAUUUGGCAAGUUUGCAUGUCUUUUGAAGUAUAACAGUGCUUUCUUGAAAUGUGUUAGACU